GGGUGCAUUUCCCACACAGAGCAGGCAGCCAGUACUGGGCCUGGUUUGAAUAAACCGGAGAGGAGGACCGGGACGCGGUGUUCAGUGUGGUCUCGGCCGCCUCUUGACGCACCGAUGUUAGCGCGGUGGCUGCUGCCUGCGCUCUGGGCUCUGUCCGCAGAGGCAGACUUCUUCCACUUCGACAGCAUCUCCAAUGUUUCCACCUACUAUUUUAAUUACAUUUAUUGCAACAUAUGGGAGGGGGAGUGUCAGCCGCACCAAGACGAUGCUACACAACAAGUUCCUACCCGGGAGCUCUGGGCAGGUUUUCCUCAGGACUACAUCAGCCUGCUGCAUCAGUGGUACUGUAGUCUGGGCCAGUGCUGUGAGUCUGGAGACUGCAGGAUCACCAACAACAUCACAGGUCUGGCUCGGGACCUUCAGACAAAGCUCCACGGGCAGCACCUGGCUCAGUCGGUGGUUCUGAAAGCCAUUCAGGGUUUUAUCAAUAACCCUGAGUCCAACAAGCCGCUGACGCUCUCCUUCCACGGCUGGUCCGGCACUGGAAAGAACUUUGUGGCACGGAUCAUUGCAGAUAACCUGUAUCGAGACGGAGUGAAGAGCGAGUGUGUCCGACUGUUCAUUGCCCCGUUUCACUUCCCCCACGCCAGACUGGUAGACACGUACAAGGGCCAGCUGAGGGAGGCGAUUCGGGACAUGGUGCUGCGCUGCCCUCAGACUCUGUUCAUCUUCGACGAGGCCGAGAAGCUUCACCCAGGCCUCAUCGAUGCCAUCAAACCCUACAUGGAUCACUACGACAACGUAGACGGUGUCAGCUACCGCAGAGCCAUCUUCCUCUUUCUCAGCAACAUUGGUGGAGCAACGAUCAAUGAUGUGGCGUUGGACUUCUGGCACUCCGGUCAAAAUCGAGAGGACAUCGGUAUGGAAGACCUGGAGCACCGGCUACGAGCUGAAACUAUGGAGUCUCAUGGUGGGUUUGCUCAAAGUGAGCUGAUGUCUGGCCACUUGAUCGACUUCUUUGUGCCAUUCCUGCCUUUGGAGUACCGCCAUGUCAAGCUCUGUGCACGGGACGCCUACGCAGCACGAGGUCUGGAGACGGAUGAAGCUACGCUGGACGAGGUGGCCAAGGCAAUGCUGUACGUCCCCAAAGAAGAGAGACUCUUCUCAGCCCAGGGAUGCAAGUCCAUACCCCAGCGGAUCAACUUCUUUCUCCCCUAGAUGGAGAGACAGAUGGAGAGAGAGACCUGGAGGAGGUGUGAGAUUGCUUUACCAGCCCAUCUGCAUACAGAGCCACAGACAAGACGUGUCUUCUCUGCUCCGCUCUACGUACUCUCCCCCCACAGAUCGUGUCUGUCCAGGUCCCUCAGAGAAGGCCAGACAGCGGGGCAGAUCCAGUAUAAGAGGGGAGAGCAGCACGACCCACCCUGCGGGCAUGAGAAGUGCCAGACGGUCAUCAUGUGCAGUGUGGUGGCUCCUCUUCACCUGCCCGGUUCGAAUCCUCACAGUAUCAAGACAGAGAAUUAGACAGUGUUAGUGGUCGUGAAGUGUGUGUCAUAGAGAGAUACUUAUACAUAUUUUAUCACACUAUUUAUGUAUUUUCACCUCAGCCCCAAGUGGUGUGCUGGUUUUUUGUUUUUUUUUUUUAAAGUUCAUCCUUCAUGUGUUAGUAUUUGCAUGUUAGACAUUGUACUUAAAUUUGCCCUUAUUAUUUAUUGACAUCAUUUGUGCCAUAUUUCAGCAUCUUGAUGCAACAGAUUAUUUUUUGGUGGUUCUGAAAGGUUUGGUUGAUAUUAAUGGCACUUGUGUGAAGAGUUUGGAGUGUGUGAGAGCUAAGGUAUGAGGCACUGUGAUGCAAAAACUUGAAAUAGUUUUAUACGAGAGUACAUGUGCCAAAGCAAUGAAUAUAUUUCUAAGGUUUGUUUUUUUGUGUAAAUAUUUUUAUUAAUUUAUAUUUUAUCUGUAAUUUCAUUGUUUUAUAUGGAACUGAUUCAUUUCUAGAUAUAAUAUUAUGCUGUUAAUUUGGGGCAUAGUUAACAAACGUGUUUAUUGCUUGCCUUAUGAUUUAAUUCAUGCAUUCACUUUCACAUCCUCUCACACAGACUUGGUUGGUUUAAGUGAUUUGAGUGCCAAAGCUCAGGGUCAAAUCUGAGGAAAAACUAGAAAUAUCAGAGAUGGUUUUGAGAAAAUAAAU